AUGGCUCAAAGAGAGCGUCGAUCAAAUGCUGGGAACCGUAUGUCAAAACUAUUAGAUGAAGAAGAAGAAGAUGAUUUCUACAAGACAACUUAUGGGGGUUUUGAAGAAGCAGCUGAAGACCGAGACUAUGUGGAAGAACGAGAAGUAGAUGAUGUUGUUGAUUCAGAUUUUGAUAUUGAUGAGAAUGAUGAAGUUACUUCAGAUCAAGAAACGGAAGCAAAAGAAAAGAAAAAAAGUAGUGGAAAGGUUUAUAAAGAUCCUAAUAAAGUAAAAAAAGCUAUAGAAAAGAAGAAACUUUUGCCUAAAAAGCCCAAAGAGCCAAGAGAACUUAAGUCUAAGGACGCAAAUGAACUUGACCAGAGCCUAAACACAUCGUUAGAAAGAAAAUCUAUUAGACAAAGUACAGCAGUGAAAUCUCUAGAGACACAACAAAGAAUUAAAAUAAGAUCAGAGUUAAAGAAAAAGAAACCAAGAAAGACAGAAGAGAGAGUUUUGACACAAGAAGAGUUGUUGGAAGAAGCACUUAUUACAGAGGCGGAGAAUCUUAAGAGUUUAGAACGGUAUGAACAAAGUGAAUUGGAAAGAAAAAAAGUUAGGCCCGUGAAGAAAAGUAUAUCUGGUCCAGUUAUUAAAUAUCACUCAUUUGCUGUACCAUUGCCAAAAGAAGAUGGAAAAGACAAAGAAACCCCUACGGAGUUAAAUGGUAGUGACAUUAUUAAGAAUGAAGAGGAGCUACCUCAAGAUGUUGACAUGGAGCCGAAGAUUGAAAGCGAAGAAAGUGAAACAAAAGAACAACCCAAAGAGACAAUUGAAGUUGUUGGGCCGGAUGAAGAGAUCACUUUAAAUGAUGAAAAGAAAACGGAAAAUAAACCGAAGCCAAAAAACAACGUGACCUACUACGAGCGAACUCUGCUUUCAUUCGAAAAUGAUAUAAAGAAUGUGGCGUUCAACAAAUGUUUCCCGCAGAGCAAACCACGACGGAAGAGAGAGAUGCUCUGUGCUGUCACCAAACGUCCAGCUCGCUACAUAGAUCCCAUAACAAAGCUGCCAUACAGAAGCGUGGACGCGUUCCGCAUAAUCCGGGAAGCGUAUUACCAACAGCUGGAAGCGAGAGGCGAUCGCUCUCAUCCAUUAAUGGCUGACUGGCUUCAGUGGAGACGGGCGGAUACAGCAUCAACAUAUGUGCAAAUUCAUAUUAAAUAA